AAUUUCUUAAAAAAUAUGUAAAAUUGAACAAAGUUAGCUGGUACUUGUUGCUGGUUGGAGGUAAUAGGUAUUCUUUGAUGGAUAAAGUUAGCUGGUACAUGUUGCUGGUGCGAGGUAAUAAAUAUUCAAUGGAUUUAGUCGAGGUGCGUGAAAGCUGACGGAGUGAGUACUUUCUAGUUUCUGGUUAACUUCCUUUCCAAUUGAACAACACAUGAAAGAUGUUGAAAAUGGUAAAACUAAAUGUCAAGAUUUAUGUCUUUUAGCUGUCCUAGGUGCAUGUAUGAAUGACCUUUUGUAUUAUCUAGUAACUUUAUGGUAUUAAUGUGGCUAGAUUGAAGUGUUUGUGUGGAAGUACUUAAUAUGUGUUAUGCUUGAAGACUAUUAAGACCUAUAUAAACUUGCUGAGAGAUGUUGAUAUGGUCGAGAAAUUUCGUUGUCCAGGCAUGGAUGUCAGGUCCAAGUUGAACUAGACUUGUUCUUGAAGGGGUAUUUGAUGUUAAUGGCAUAUAACUUAGCUGUCAUAUCAGAUGUGUAUAAUUACUAGAAGAAUGAUUGUUAAAGCAGAGUUGGUUGCUGGUGUGUCGCCAGAUUCCAAACUGAACCUGCUGAUUAUGGAAGAUAUUGUAGUCGACGUGGCCCAUUUUUCACCGAAUGAGGUGUCUCUAUUGGUCGAGAUGUCCUGUGAGUAUCCAACAAGGAGAAUAAUAUAUAUAUGUCCAAAGAUAAUGUUUCACCUUGAGUUAUCCUCAAAGCUACAGUAUUAGUACUGCUGUUGAGAGUUUGGCGGAACAGUUCCCUGGCGUGCUGAGAAACAGCAGGUACUAUAGUACUAGUAAGUGUGUCGUUGUGGACUUGUUGUUGAGUAACAUGUUAAGAAUGAGUUGCUACAACAUAAUAGAACAAUUAGGUGUUAUUGGUAAGGGAGGUUGUCCUUCUGAUGAUACUUUGAACGAUCGGUUGUUUAACUUGAAUCUACUGAACAAGGGGUUGAAGUCAGAUGUUGAGGAGAACAACUCCUUGCUGCAGGAGUGGUAUGUAAUAAAGAACUGUAUCAUGCCAGUGUCUUUCGGAGGGAAGCUGAAGGACACGGUUGUUAAAAUGGCAAGUUGUAUGAGAAGUGGUGAUACUUCUUUUCUCAGACCACAACUAUUGUAUCCUUUGCCUUUCUCGGCUUCAAGGAACACUAACAUGGGCUGUGGUGCAUGGAUUGAGGAAAAUCGAGUUUGAAUCUACUCAACGAAUCAAUGCCACAUUGAAGCUUAAUCAAAUGACCAAAGCAUAUGGGUGCGUGAUGGGUAUUCGUGACACAUUACCUAAGGUUGGGUUGAAUUCACUGUGUGAGGUGUACAUUGAGAACCUCACUUCAAAGGAGAGUGAGUUCAUACAGUUGGUUUUGGGUGAUUAUGAUAUCAAAAUUAAGCACACAUUGGACAAGGAAUUGGACUGGAGAACUGAUGAGCUCGAACUGGGGUGCAGGCCCUUUUAUAAUUCGUCCUUUCCGGGGACAAGUGCACUGUCGUGUUCGACUCAGAUGGUGUUGGGAUGAUAGUUUUUGCCGGUGCUUCCAGUUCUGUGAACGACAGUGAGUCGUUGGGAGUUACUACUCCUACAACAUUUGGUGCACUUUUUGAGGCCGAGGUUGACAGAUUGGUGGAUGUAUCACCUCAAGAGACUGCACAUAGUGUGGCACCAGAUCAGGCAGGUCGAGCAUUUGGUGUGCAACGAGAUGGAACUGAUGCUGCUGACACUCAAAGAGCUGGUGGGCAUACAGCUGGUGGACAGGCGGGCUCAGGACGUGGCGCUUCUGUCCAUGGUGGUCAAGGUCGCACAGAUAGGUGGAACUGGACAAGCAGUCAAAAUCGUACAAACAAAUUGAAACGGAGGGAGGAAGUAAUGGUCAAAAAACAACAACAUGCAUUUUUUCCGCAUAUACAAAUGUCAUACAUGAUCUUUUACUACUAUUCACAAAGGACAGUUCAGAAGCUAAGUGAGUUAGUUCUCUGCUACUGGAAAUGGCUUCUUUUUCCACCAGUUCUACUUAUUGUCUCAGCAAGAAUGUUGUGUUUUUAUCUGAUUUCUCUCCUCUAUAUCAGUUUCCCACUCAAAGUCCCAGGAGAAGAUUUUCCAAGAAAAUUGUUUCUAUGAUCACACAACCAAGUUCAAGAAUGCCUGCCACCACUGGCUCAGUGAAGAGUUGGAUGACUAUGACUGAGAAGUUGCUGGCUAGGACUUCUGAGAAGCUUCAUGUGGUUCCAGGUGAGAAUUUGUGGGUCAAUGUCGAUGUUUUGAUGACAAAUGAUAUUACUGGUCCUGGUGCUAUUGGAGUAUUUAAAAGAGAAUUUGGAGAAAAUGCCAAGGUCUGGGAUCGUGAAAAGGUAGUUGUCAUACCCGAUCACUACAUUUUCACAGCUGAUGAACGAGCAAAUCGUAAUGUGGAUACACUGAGGGACUUCUGCAAUGAGCAAAAUAUUAAGUACUUUUAUGACAUUAAAGACCUCGGAAACUUCCAGGCUAAUCCAGAUUACAAAGGAGUGUGCCACAUUGCUCUUGCCCAAGAAGGUCACUGCAGACCAGGAGAGGUUUUGGUAGGUACAGACUCUCAUACAUGUACUGCAGGAGCAUUCGGUCAAUUUGCAUCUGGAAUCGGAAAUACUGAUGCUGGUUUUGUUCUGGGUACUGGAAAGAUUUUGCUCAAGGUUCCUCCAACUAUCAGAUUUGUAUUGGAUGGUGAAAUUCCGAAUUACAUACUAGCUAAGGAUUUGAUUUUGCAAGUUAUUGGUGAAAUUUCUGUAGCUGGUGCAACAUACAAAACAAUGGAAUUUGUCGGUACUGCUGUUGAAAGUUUAACAAUGGAAGAGAGAAUAACAUUAUGCAAUAUGGUUAUCGAAGCUGGUGGAAAGAAUGGUGUUAUUCCUGCUGAUAAAACAACAUAUGACUACCUUAAGGACAAGACUACUGUGCAUUAUGAACCUGUCUACAGCGAUGAGCAAGCCAGGUUUCUUGCUGAGUAUCAUUUCGACAUCUCAAAGUUGGAGCCCUUAGUAGCAAAGCCUCAUUCUCCUGGUAAUCGUGCUUUGGCAAGAGAGUGCGAAGAUGUUAAGAUUGACAGAGUAUAUAUUGGAUCUUGUACCGGUGGAAAAACAGAAGACUUCAUGGCUGCUGCCAAAGUUUUUCUAGCAUCAGGAAAGAAGGUCAAAGUUCCAACAUUUCUCGUCCCUGCUACGCAGAAGGUCUGGAUGGAUUUAUAUACUAUCCCAGUUCCAGAAUCUGGUGGCAAAACAUGUUCACAGAUUUUCGAGGAUGCUGGCUGCGGUACACCAGCAAGUCCUAGUUGUGGUGCUUGUAUGGGUGGUCCUAGAGAUACUCAUGCUCGGUUGAACGAACCUCAGGUAUGUGUCUCAACCACAAACAGAAACUUCCCGGGGAGAAUGGGCCAUAAGGAAGGUCAAAUUUAUCUUGCAUCUCCAUAUACAGCUGCAGCAUCUGCAUUAACUGGCCAUGUUACUGAUCCUCGAAAUUUUCUGCAGUAACGCGUUAUUGUUCAUGUUAAAACGCGAUAAAGUUUGAACUUUUGCUUGUAAUGUACACCAGAAGAUGUUUGUGUUUCUGAUUUCAGUGACAAAAUAGAGUUUUCUCAAGUACUCUUAGCUGUAGUUACAUAUAUUUACUUGUGGAAAGUGUCAAAAACGAGCUGAAUUUUGUGAAUCGUCUCAUUUAUAAGAUUAAUAUCUCG